AUGAUCGGAGAAGCUCGGAUUGUGGUACGUGAAUAUGAUUCUAAAGGGCAGAGAAGAGAUGCAUUCUGCCAUUUUCACGGGCAGAGGCGACACUGCAAUGGCUUUCAUCUCUGUGCUCCUUUUGCUUCUUGUUUGGCUGGUAGCUUGGUGUGUCUCUUUGUUCAAUUGUUUCUCGCUGCCUCGUCGCAUCCCAAGUCCCCAGAGACGGUCUCCAGCUGCAACCCGGCAACCCAGGAAUUGACCUCUAGCGUGAAGCCAUCGUCCCUCUUAUUGGGUUACGAGGACGAUGAAGAGCUCCGAGAGGAGGAAAAGAUCAGGCCCGAGCUUCUCCAAGGAACCGAACAAUCAAGGAUCUCCGUACCAAUCUUCUCCAGCAACUAUGCUUUGAGCGAGUGGUGCCUUGAUGAGCUUGCCUUCAUGGCGGACUCUAGGAAUUGGAGAAAGGAGUACGACCUCGUCACCGUUCACAAGUGGAGGAGCGCUCUUGCAGAUGUUGGAUCGCUCCGGGGUUGGGAACUAAAGAAUGUGCCUAACGGGCAUCAACGAGACCUGACAAAGCUAGUGGCUGCUCGAGUUUUCAGAGAACUUAAAAAGGUUUAUCUGGUUGUGUCGAACAGCUUAGUUGGCAUCGAGGUUCGCUUUGUGUCAGUCAUGAGAUUGUUAGAUAUCGGUGUGGAUGAUGUGAGAAACGUUGGGAUCUAUGACAUGGGCGGAGCUGGAAAGAUUACCCUCGCCAAAAACCUGCUGACUGCCGAUAUCUCUAGCACAGUUGAAGGAAUCCACGAGCUUAGACACAGGCUGACGGGCUCAAUGCGCUGGCGAAUAGGAUCUACAAACUCAAAGGACUUAAUCAAGAUCAAGCUGUCCAGCUCUUCUGCAAGCAUGCAUUUAGGAAAAAGUUCGCCUACUGAUGAUCUAAUAGCUUUAUCAAAAGAUAUCGUGGAGACAACCGGGGACCUUCCUUUAGCUGUUGAGCUGAAGGACCUUAACCUCAGCUUCUGCAAUCUGCUGAUGACUACUCCUCACUUCUCCAUGUUUCUGAAUCUGGAGACGCCGAUCCUUGAAGGUUGCGAAAGAUUGAAAACAGAUUGUUCAUGUAUUGAGAAGCUACCUCAUCAGUUGGGCGCUCUCGAAGCAUUGACUAAGCUUAUCAUCGAUGGUACUUGUGUCGCACGAAUGCUGAACUUGGGAAGUCUGAAGAACUUUGGAACUCUUAAUGCUAAGACGUGUAGAUUUCUAGCCGAGAUUCCCACCUCUAUCAGUCAACUGAACUCUCUUUGGCACCUCGCUCUCGAUUUCACUGGUGUUCAUAAAGUUCCAGACUCGAUCUGGUCCCUAGUGAAACUUCGGCAACUAUCAUUAGGGGAUUGUCAUUCAUUGGCAGAGCUACCAGGUUCCAUUGGAGAGUUGAAGUCAUUGCUUGAAUUGAGUUUAUUGGAAACAGGAGUCAUGAGUUUACCAGAAUCCAUUGGCGAGUUAUAUAACUUGGAGGUACUAAAUAUUGAUGCAGGUAACGUAAGUCGUAUACUGAACACUCUUGGAAAGUUGGAGAAACUCAGAGUGCUAAAUGCUUCAAAGCGCCACCACGCUUAUGGACAAAUCACUGCUGGUCUGGGACUAUUGCCCCUUCUGAAGAUCUUGCGGUGCCUCGCGACAGUGGGACUGUUCUCCAAUAAAUUGGAGAAGCUGGAAAUUUUAUCGACAAAUAUUAGUACUUUGCCUUAUGAGGCCUGUGCCCUUUCUCGACUCAAGAGAUCGCCAGAUCUUUCUAACUUGAGUAAUUUAACGGAGUUAUGUCUACGUAAUUACCCAGAGCUCACAGAGAUUCAAGGACUUGGGAAUCUAGUGUCCCUGACAAGUUUGUUAGUGGCAUCCUGUUCAGGUAUAACUAAGCUUGACAGUCUCCAAAUGCUCGUACUUUCAGCAUUUCUAGUGAUUUCUUGCUGUGAAAACCUUGAGAGGCUAUCAGAUUUAUCGAAGCUGAAGAAGUUUUCCACGAUGAUCAUUAGGGGCUCUGGGAAGCUAGUCCAAAUUCAAACACUCGAUAGUUUCUGUGCCUUGAAAAAGAUGGAGGUCACUGGCUGCAAAUCCAUAGAAACAUUGCCUGACCUGUCGAACGUAACUCAGUUGCAAGACGUGCUUAUUGAUGAUUGUGAGAAGCUCAAAGAACUUGAAGGGCUUAAAUGGUACAAGGACUUGAAGAGCUUGACGGGUUGGAGGUCUUAUGGCAGCUGCAGUUUUCCAGUUCUGCUGAAGCUCAAAGGGAUUGAACAGUUACAAGCGUUGUUGACAGUAAAUAUCUCUGAAUGUAAUGAGAUCAAAAAGUUACUGGAUCUGUCAAGAAACAGCGAAGAGCUCUUAUUUGGAACAUUAUGCAUAUCUCUGGUGCAACAUAAAUGUGGCAAUCCUCAGGACGACGCAUCUGACUAUAUUUCAUUGAACGAAGGUCUGUUUCCAAAAUCUUUUCCAAAGGUUCUUUGUGGUUCACUGCAGACCAGAUGGAGGGGAGCAGUUUCUGGCCUUAUAUGUGGACAGCCCCUGAAACUUCUCAAAUUGGAGAAGAAUUAUUCGUUCCAGAAUGCAGCUUUUAGUUUAACUCGAUAUAUGCAAAGUCCUUCGCUCAGUAUGGACUGUUGA